AUGGGAGGCCGAGGAGGGCGAUGGGGGACGUGUCCCUGGGUGCAUCCCCUGAAGGCGCCCGCUCUCCCGCAGUCGGCCAAGCAGUUCUGCUGCAAGGUGGGGUACCCCUGUGUCGUGCGCCCCUCCUACGUGCUGAGCGGUGCAGCCAUGAACGUGGCCUACUCGGACAGCGACCUGGAGAAGUUCCUGAGCAAUGCUGUGGCCGUGUCCAAAGAGCAGCCCGUGGUCAUCUCCAAGUUCAUCCAGGAGGCCAAGGAGAUCGACGUGGACGCGGUGGCCUGUGAUGGCGUGGUAGUGGCCAUCGCCAUCUCAGAGCAUGUGGAGAACGCUGGGGUGCACUCAGGCGAUGCUACGCUGGUGACACCCCCCCAGGACAUCACCCCCAAGACCCUGGAGCGCAUUAAGGCCAUUGUCCACGCCAUUGGGCAGGAGCUGCAGGUCACCGGGCCCUUCAACCUGCAGCUCAUCGCCAAGGAUGACCAGCUGAAGGUGAUCGAGUGCAAUGUGCGCGUGUCCCGCUCCUUCCCCUUCGUCUCCAAGACCCUGGGGGUGGACCUGGUGGCUCUAGCCAGCCAGGUGAUCAUGGGUGAGGACGUGGAGCCUGUGGGGCUCAUGACGGGCACGGGCAUCGUCGGCGUCAAG